ACGAUACACCAACAGCAACAAGAGCAACAGCAAGAGCAACAGCAAGAGCAACACGGCAACAGAAUAAACCAAAGCAGACGCACGCACGCACGCAUGCCUCAGCAGCCAUGAAGGAACAGAGCGAGAAGAUCAACCACUUUUUGCUGCAGGAGCAGUUCCCCGACAUUGUCUUGGUCGCCGGGACCGAGAACAAGGGCGGGAGCAGCAGCAGCAGCGGCGGCGGGCCCUCCCGGUCCUCCUCCCCCGGGUCCCACCCGGCGGGCGUUGUUGCUUCGAAGAGCUCGGUGUCCCGGAGGAUCGUGCGGGCGGACGACCACGUGAGCGAGCUCCUGAAGGAGAGCUGCCGCUGCCCCCAACUGGAGGAAUACCUGCCGCGUUUCCUGGACCUGUCGCUCGUCAAGACGACCCCGAGCCAKCACCACCCGAGGGGGUGGACCCUCUCGAAUCCGGUCCACGCCCUGCACGUGGCCGCGGCCCAGUCGGGGGGCCCGGAGUCCUCGGCGAGGGUCCAGAAGCAGCGCCUCCCGCCCUCCUUUAUGUACGGGGAGGAGCACCACCGGGCCACCGCCCUCAGGGCGGAGGGAAUCGCCGAGUACUGGUGCUCCUUCGACGGGAGCCCGGCCGAGGACACGACGACGGAACGGGUGCGGAACCUGAUGGGCGCCGCCUUUGUCUCGGGGGCAAGGCACGCGAGGCCGCCGAGUGGGACCAAGGGGGAGGGGCCGGUGUUGUCGUCGUUGUCGGUGUCGACGUCGGUGUCGACGUCGACGCAGCGCAAGGGAUCGGCAUCGUCCACCGCCGCUUCCGCGACCGCACCGGUGCCCGUUCCCGUGCCCGUGCCGACCAAGGACGCCCCCCGCUCGGGUCUCGUCCAAUCGGUGGCCGUCCCGGUGGCGGUGGCGUCCUCCGGAGCGGACGCKCAGCCCCCGGCGCCCGUUGCCGGCGCACCGGGAAUCCUUCCGCCGCCGCCGCUUCCCGGGGGCAACCCCGAGCCACCGGUCUCCUCCACCGAAACCACCCCCGCGCCGCAACCAGAACCCGCAUCGAACCCCGGCGGUCCCACCGCACCGGCAAAGACCGAAACGGAAGCCCAGCCCGGCGAGAAGGCACCCGGCCACAAGCCCGAACCCCCCUUCGGCGAGGGGACGAAAGAACCAAGCAAAGCUACACCAACACCAACCGAAAAGCCUUCCGAGGAUGGCGCAAGGAACGCCGAGUCCGAGAGCAAGUCCGAGAGCAAGUCCGAGAGCAAGUCCGAGAGCACAUCCAAAAAUCCUGCCACCGGCAAGCCGCCGGAAAAGGCAGGCCCGGCGUCCAACGAAACCGCUGCCGAAGACGACGGCAACCAGAAUCCAGCGACGGAAACGGGAGCUGCCGAGAAAACGGACGGCAAGGACGAUCCUCCUCCUCCGCCAUCUCCGGCACCGCCCACAAAAGAGGCAGRGGCAAAAACCUCGGAAGCGACACCGGGCGACGCCGCCGGCUCUUGCCCGCCCGACGACGCCGCGGAAAAGGCCGGCGAAGCCGCAUCCGGAGCGAAGGGCGUCGACGAACCCACGUCGAUCGAAACAGAACCCAAUGCAUCCACGGAGACCAAGGCCACCCCGGUUGCCGAGGGUGCACCGGCCAAAGAAUCGACCGAUGCGGUCACCACCAAACAGGAAGGAACCCCUCCACCCUCCACCGACGCGCCCGGGCAGGAGAAACCAGCCCUGCCGCCGAAACCUCUCGGUGACAACGAGGAGAAAAAAAACGAAAUCCCUGCCAAGGAGGAACAAGCCGGAUCGGUUGCCAAGGGCGAGCCCGGGGUUCCGGACAAGAAGAAAGACGACGAGAGCAGGGCAACAACGGAAACCCAACCGAACAAAAUGGACGACACGGCACCACCAAAUGCCAAACUCUCCGGCGAUGCUCCGAUGGAAGACGCCGGUUCGACGCCCGAUGUCGUCCGRUCRGAGGCGUCCAAGGCGUCCGGGGACGAUCCCAUGGAGAUCGACGAGGCCGCUGCCACGCAMRGGGCUCCCGGGACGAGCCGCGAAARCGGUUCCACGGCAAAGGAAACCGCCAAAACAAAGGCCGCUCCGGGCACGCMGGCGGCCGGCGACAGAAACCAAAACGAUCCGAAGGCCACCGGGAGCGAGCCCCUGCCCCCGGCGGUCAAGAGCGGAGACCCCACUACCAAGGAAGUCGUGGCGGGGGCUUUGGUGCCCUUGCCAGUGGCGAGCAGUGCAGCAGCGGGAACGCCGAACGGGAACGAAGCAGCGCCGCCAAGGAUUCUCCCCGCGCCGUUCAAGUCGGACCCGCGGAUGGACAAGUUCCGCCGAGAAGAGGAAAAACUCCGCCGGAUCCGAAGAUCCCUGCUGUCGAAACGCGUGCGAAAAAAGGCCGAGCCGCYKCCGAAGGACACGGGCAAGAAGAAACGGAAGGUUUCCGACAAGUUCAGCGUUUUGUCUGGAUUCAAGGCCCCCUCCGUGCACGAGCUGACCAAGGAAGAAGAAGAAGCUUACAUGUCCGCAACAAAAGAAGCGAACGAAACAACCGAACGGUGGAUCCGCCAGUUCCGCCUCACGCACGAAUCCUUUUGGCGGCARAAAGAAAGGCAGGAGSAAUACGGACUGMCACAAACACGGGCCGGUUUUUAUCUCCGCUCCGAUCUGGCCAUUCAAAAACCGAGGUGCCAGGGGUGCGAUGCGGAAGAAAAAGAGAGAUUGCUGCGCAACCCCUCGAAGAACCGCAAGAAGGAACGCCGACCGUUCGCGGGAGACGAAUUGAUGCAAUGCCUUGACUGUGGUUUCAUUGGCUGCUCUCCACCCUCCCUCAAUCCGAACACAAAAAACUACAUGCUGCGGCACAUGCUCGUCACGGGACACAAGUUUGCGGUCUCUUGCGGAGAGAAGGCGCUGGUGUUUUGCUUUCCGUUCGGGGAUUUCGUGUACCACGAGGUCUUUGAACAGGAAAAGAUCCGCAUUGCCUGCGCGAGAAAAUUGCCACACAUGGCUUGGAACGAACACGCCGUCCUACGUUCGUUCGACCCGUUUCAGUUCCUAAAGACCGCCGACAGUGGAAUCAUCUGGAAGGGCUUGGUGGCUACGUAUCCCCCACUCGUGCCAAAGGAGCAUUUCUGUGCCGUGCAGCUCACUUUGCGACGGCAGGCACUGUUCGAGGGCAWUUCCAGCGACAGAUGGAUUCUCCCAAAGCCCAAUGCUCUCUACUUUGCUGCUUCUCAGCACGCGAGAGACGAAAAAGAACGAUUCCAGAUCGCCGCCCCCGUCGGCAUCUACAAUCUGGGGAAUACGUGUUUCAUGAGUGCCAUUUUGCAAUGCCUGAUCUCUUGCAGGCCCCUCCAGCAAUACUUUUUGCGGGAUUCGGGCCACCACUUCAAGUCGUGCGAAGUCUUCCGCCACAAGGAAGAGUUGUUGGCUGCCACGGCGGCGGCUGCAGCGUCUGGCCCGGCGAAGAGGAACCUUGUAAAGUCGAAAAAAUCCGGAGCCGUAUCUACCGUGAAGAAGAAGACCACAAAGGUUCGGUCGGAGGUUUGUCUUGCUUGUGAAAUGGACCGCUUGUUCUUGUCCUAUUACGGAGCCACCGUUGGGAACGACGUCUUUGUCCCUAUCGAAGAAUCGUCUCGCAACCUCGUAGGAAACCUGGAUCAGUGCGACCCGGUGACUCUACACGAGGUCGUCGUGCCCAUCGAAAAGGGUGACCCCCUGAUCAUUUCGGAUCUGCUCACCUCGGCCUGGAAAAGCGGGGGCAUGAACCAUCUCACAGGGUACGACCAACACGAUGCACACGAGUUUUUGAAUUCGUUUUUAGAGCUAUUGGGGAAACACAUUCUGAUGUUCCGACAACGCACACACGCUGCGGCAACCAAAGUAUACAAGGAGAAUGCCUUGAUGCCGGAUUUCGAUCCGAAAAAGAAUGGUACGCAUGGUUUGAAACGAGUUUGGCCUCUCAUUAGUUGACUCAUUUACUCACCCAACCUUUUUCUCUCUGUUUGCAAAACUACGAUACCGACAGACUUGAUCAAAAGUCUGUUCGAAGGAUCUUUGAGGUCGGUGUUGUUGUGCGAAACCUGUGGGGUGAAAAGAGUACAGUUAGAGCCAUUCAUGAAUGUCUCCUUGAGCCUUUCGGAGGAAGUAGAGAGAAUGCAAGAAAGGAAAGGAAUGCAAAAGCUCGACGACAUGAGUGUAGAAUCGUGUCUCCAACACUUUGUCACGCCGGAGCAGCUCGGAGAUCUCGUGUACUGCAAUGCCUGCAGGAAGAAAACCCGAACCAAAAAGCAGCACACGUUUGCAAAAUUACCCAAAAUCCUGUGCCUUCACCUAAAGCGAUUCGAUGCUACCAAAAACAAAAAGAUCGAGAAUUUCGUCUCCUUCCCCAGCCACGGACUGAACAUGGGAGGUUUGUUGUCGCACUGGUGCGAAGUGACGAGGCUAGAAUCAUCGAAACGUGGAAACGACGUAUCGACACCUUCCGCGAAACCAAAGAUUCUUUACGACCUAUUUGGCACUGUAAACCACGUAGGGAAUAUGCAAAGUGGACACUACGUCGCAAACGUCAAAGUAGAAGACACAUGGUAUCAUUGCAACGACCAACACAUCAGUUAUGAAAAAGAGGAGUCGGUUUUGAAGGCUGAAGGGGCGUACGUAUUGUUUUAUAUCAGACGGUAAUAUUUCAGUUAAAAUUCAUUUAACCAUUUACAUUAUCUA